AUGCCACAACAAGACAACCUGUCAGGUUCCAACAGCACAGGCUCUGAUCCAUCCGUGUUCUUCCUGACAGGCAUCCCGGGGCUGGAAUCUCUGCACCUCUGGAUCUCCAUCCCCUUCUGCUCAGUGUUCACCCUGAUCCUUCUAGGAAACUGCACCCUCUUGUAUGUUAUCAAGACAGAGCCCUCCCUGCACAAGCCCAUGUUCUAUUUCCUCACCAUGCUGGCCGUCAUCGACCUGGUUUUAUCCACAACCACCGUGCCGAAAAUACUGAGCAUCUUCUGGUUUAAUUCCAGGGAGAUCAGCUUUAACGGCUGCCUGGCGCAGAUGUUUUUUUUUCACUCGUUGUCCAUCCUGGAAUCUGCUGUGCUGCUGGCCAUGGCCUUCGACAGGUACGUGGCCAUCUGCAACCCCCUGCGGUACGCCACCAUCCUGACCAAUUCAGUGAUAGCAAAGAUCGGGCUGAUGGCUUUGGCCCGGGCUGUUCUGUUCAUGGUGCCUCUGCCCUUCCUCGUCAGGAGGCUGCCCUUCUGCCAGUCCCACAUCAUCUCCCAUUGCUCCUGCGAUCACAUGGCUGUGGCAAAGCUGGCUUGUGCCAGCACUACGAUCAAUAACAUCUAUGGGAUCAUCGUAGCUAUCUUCAUUGUGGGGCUGGAUCUGAUGUUCAUCUCCCUAUCGUAUGUCAAGAUCCUGAGGACUGUUUUAAGCCUGGCAUCCAAGGAAGAGCAGCUCAAGGCUUUCGGCACCUGUGUUGCCCACCUUUGCGCCAUCUUAGUGGUCUACACACCAGGGGUGUUCACCAUUGCCCUUCUAGGAAACUGCAUCCUCUUGUAUGUUAUCAAGACAGAGCCCUCCCUGCACAAGCCCAUGUUCUAUUUCCUCACCAUGCUGGCCGUCAUCGACCUGGUUUUAUCCACAACCACCGUGCCGAAAAUACUGAGCAUCUUCUGGUUUAAUUCCAGGGAGAUCAGCUUUAACGGCUGCCUGGUGCAGAUGUUUUUCCUUCACUCGUUCUCCAUCAUGCAGUCUGCUCUGCUGCUGGCCAUGGCCUUCGACAGGUACGUGGCCAUCUGCAACCCCCUGCGGUACGCCACCAUCCUGACCAACUCAGUGAUAGCAAAGAUCGGGCUGGCGGCUUUAGCCCGGGCUCUUCUCCUAGUGCUCCCUCUGCGCUUCGUCCUCAGGAGGCUGCCCUACUGCAGGUCACACAUAAUCUCCCAUUGCUACUGUGAGCAUAUGGCCGUGGUCAAUCUGGCCUGUGCCAACACCAGGUUCAAUAACAUCUAUGGGAUCAUUGUUGCUUUCUUCAUUGUGGGGCUGGAUCUGAUGUUCAUCUCCCUAUCGUAUGUCAAGAUCCUAAGGGCUGUCUUAAGCCUGGCAUCCAAGGAAGAGCAGCUCAAGGCUUUUGGCACCUGUGUUGCCCAUCUUUGGGCCAUCUUAGUGGUCUACACACCAGUGGUUCUCUCCUCAAUAAUUCACAGGUUCGGCCACCAAGUCCCCCCACACGUACACAUCCUGCUGGGCAAUUUCUACCUCCUNUUUCCUCCCAUGAUGAACCCCAUUGUGUACGGUGUGAAAACCAAACAGAUUCGUGACCGGGUUCUUCUCCUGUUCCGAGGGAAAAGCUUCUAGGCUGACCAGGCGGGGGCUGCUGAGCGAUGAGGAAGCAGAGGAUGCAGGAGAGG